GAGAAUCCGACAAAGUAACCGAGGGAGCAGACGACACCACCGAGAGAUAUUUUAUCCACCUUAUUAUUUAUCUACGACUCACGGUUGUUUGUUUAUUUUGCUUUCCUCAAACGUUGCCGUAUUGUUUCGACCGUUUUUGUGAACAGUUUUUGUGAACAGAACUGCUUCGACAAGAAGAUGAAUACAUUGGGCAGUGCUUCCAAAUGGCCGUCUUAUGACUCGCUAAGCUCCGCUUCAAGCCAUCUCCUCAGUGAGAGUGAGCACACUGAGGAUGAAGCGGACGUCUUCUCAGAGGGAGAAGGGGACAGCGGCACAAGGAAGAGCGUCGCUAGUGACCAUUCGGUCACACUCCCUGGAAAGUAUCUGGAUUUCCCGGUUCGUUCAGAUCGGCUGUCCUCAAGGUCUAAGGUGGACCAGCCGGCACGUUGCCAUGACGACGCCAAGCGCCCUGACCCAGCCUCUCCUCGUGGAGUUGCCACCUUAAGCUCAUCUCUAGCGACACCUGGUGAUCUGGCCUUUGCACAGAAAUGUGCAGAUUUGCGGAGGUUUAUCUGUCCUUUGCUGGAACUUCUACAUGGUUUAAAGACCGGAAGAUUUGACAAAGGUCUAUCCAGUUUCCAGCAAAGUGUUGCAAUAGACCGAUUGCAGAGGAUUCUUGGAGUCCUACAGAGGCCUGAAAUGGGUGAGAAAUAUCUCCACAACCUGCUGCAGAUAGAGAUCAUGCUGAAAAUAUGGUUCCCUCAGGUGGUGUUCCAGUCCACACACAUACCAAUCCAUACCACCACUCCCAGUCUCCGACCACAUUGGUGCCAAAAUCAGCUCCACAUGCCAGUUAAGAAGAGAAAGCUGAGCUGGUCAGAUCAAAACGACCACAGCAAGGUCCCAACCAAGCAGAAGCACCAUAAACACGGGAAACAUGGGAUGCCACUCGACACAGUUUCCUCAUGUCUACCAGGAUCACCAAAGAAGCAGAGAGGACCAGAGGAAGGAGCAGUGGAACCAGCUGAGUUCACAUACAGCACUGUCACAUUAAGCAGGCCGUCAUAUUUAUGUAGCAAGAGAGUAAAUGGGAUUCCUCUGCCCGGCCCUUGUGAACGCCCGGCCACACAGGACAGCUCCGUGUCCUCUAGUGACAUCAUGACUACAACUUACUCAACUUAGCUGUCCUUGAGACCACGCGCAGGUGCCACUGCAUGAGGGGAAGGCAGAAGGCGGACUUGAUUACAUAAGGAUAAAGUUUGACGCAGAGCCAAUCUGUGAUGCCUGCGAGGCAUGUUAAACGGGAGGAGGAGUUGUGCAUUGGCACUCUUGUUAAUCCUCAACUCUCCGGUGUUGUGUUUGAUUACACCAGAGUUAUUGCGCUACAAUACCAGGAACUGCAUUGUCUGUAAGAGUAUCACUUUUGUAUACGUUGACUUUUACAAAAACAAUUUUAGAAAUACUUUUUUAUGUGUAUGUUUCAAAGCGGCCAGUGCUCCGUUUUGUAUUUUUUCAUAUCAUAGAGCAAAGCUUGUCAAUAAUAGUAUACAGUUUCAUGACACUAUAAAUGUACUGCUUUUAUAAAAGUGAGGCAUCACAGAGGAUCACUGCUGACAGUUUUAAGAUGAAAACAACCAAAGUGAUUUAAAAUGGCAUUUAGAGAAAGCUGAUUGUAACAUGGUUGAGCAAAGACAAAUGCCGCUGCUGCCAAAAUGUGCCAAACAAAACCGUUCAGCAUUGUCAUAUUGUAUGCAACUUCCUUGCCCUCUUUAUUUACUAGUAGGUUACAGACCUACGCAGACACUGUUUUUCUUCUCCUUUCUAAGUAUGAAAACUGCUGCACAGAAAACAACCUGAUCGAUCAAAAAUGAGUGAGGCAGUAGAGGAAAUAUGAGCUCCUCUCUAGAUGUUAAUAUCAGUUUAUCAGUCAGUGGGAGUAGAAGGAGUUGAAAACGUAAUAUUUUGUUUAAGACUACAUUUUUAUAUCUUUAAAUUUUAGAACAGGCCUAAUAUAUUUGAUCCCCUGUACAAUGGAAUGGAUUUAUCUGCGCUUAUGAUAAUUUGUUAACAUUACAUCACAUUGUGAUUUAAAGAUCAGCUCAAAGUACUUCAAAAUGGUGAUUCCAUCGACAAAUCGAUGCUUUACAGGUCCUUUAGUUAUUUAGAUUAAAUUUAGUUUAUCUUAUUAUAUUUAAACACAAAAUGGCACAAAUGCAAGACAAUUAUGAAAGAAGGAUCACUGAUCCACUUUUGUGUUUUGUCCGCAGUGUUUUACUAGUUUCGAUGUCAUACAGAAUAUCCGGGGGAUGUGAUAAACAACUAUUUUUGUCCUCAAGCACAAUGCUUUUUUGUUAUAAAAUGUGGCCAUUUGCACCUGCACAUUUUAAAUCUAUCAUUCAUGUUGAA